AUGCUGAUAACUAUGCUAACCGCCAUGUACAUGAUGGUCAAAGUCGUAGAAUCGAUAGGGGCACGAUUUGGACAGCAAGAGGAGCCUUUGCCUUAUAUGGUAUCUCAGCCUUUGCCAUGGCAGAUUCACUCAGUAUCACACAGCCGGAGGAGCAGCAAAGCAGAGGAGUUUGACGGCCUCAGGAGAAACAGCAUGGGCGUGUACAGAAAGAAAUUUGUCUCCAUGGCUAUUGCCUCUACAACUCUGGCUAUCCCCUGUGUCCUGUCGUGCUCAGACUCCAAUGCCAGCAAUGGGACGUGCACCACACCUGUUGUUCCCCCACUCAGCCCUGUUGAGGCCGAAAAGGCUGCUGCUACAAUCCAGUCCCACUUCAGGAAGUUUCAGCAGAAGAAACACAAUAACGGCAAGUAG